AUGACAAACUUAGAAAACAUCUGUGGCAAGUUUAACUCCUCAAUAGAGAAUAUGAAACUUAUAGUUUGCAAUGAACUUCAAAGUAUAGAUACAACAAAAGUUUUGAACUCAGAUGCUUUGAAGAGUCUUAUAACAGACAAAGUUGGAGUUGUUGAAAGAAAGUAUAAAGACCAAAGAGUUUGUGAAAAUGUUGCAAACUUCAUUAUGGUUUCAAACAAUGUUGUUCCGAUGAAGUUAGAAAGUUCUGACAGAAGAUAUGUAGUUGUCAGAACGUCAGAUUCUCAUAUGCAAGAUACAGAAUAUUUUGACGACUUAGCAGAAACUUUGACAUCUGACUUUUACAACCACUUGUUCUCAUACUUUAUGACAUUAGAUAUUUCUAAGUUCAAUCCAAGACAAAUUCCACAUACCGAAGAGAGACAAACAUUGUUAGAAGCAAACAAGAGUGUAUAUGAACUGUUCAUAGAUGAAACUGAUUUUGAGUGUUUAGAUGAAAGGUCAUUGUACGAUUCGUAUAAACAAUAUUGUCAAGAAUAUGGUUAUAUGGCAGCUUCUAAACGUACAUUCUUGGCAAAUGUCAAAAGUCUUUUAGACGUACAGAAUGGUGUAUAUACAAAUAAAAAUUUUUAUGAGUAA